GGGUCGCGCAGUGACGUCACUCUGAUAUGGAGCCCGUGCUAGCGGCGGACCUUUGAUCACUGGGGAGAGAUGGAGUAAAGUUUGACCAAUCGACGGGAAGUAUCCCUCAAAUCCCGUUAAAACAGAAAUCUGCAGACAUUUCCCGUGAUCGUAAAACGAUUAAUUGGAGCCACAUGAAGUACUGUUAAUGGCAACAUAAUGAAGGCUCAACUACAGAUAACUGUUCUGUCCGCCAAGCUGCGGGAGAAUAAGAAGAACUGGUUUAGGCCCAGUCCUUACGUGGAGGUGUGUGUGGACGGCCAGUCCAAGAAGACGGAGAAAUGUACCAACACACACAGCCCCAAAUGGAAGCAAUCUCUCACUGUGAUCGUCACCCCUUUCAGCAAGUUAACUUUCCGGGUUUGGAGCCAUCAGACACUUAAAGCGGACAUUUUCCUUGGAAUGGCAACUUUAGAAGUCAGCGAGACGCUAAAAGCCAACAAUAUGAAGAUUUGUGAGGUUGUGCAGACGCUUCAGUUGAGUUCAGACAGAGAGAGGUCAGAGGUCAUUGGAGAUCUCUCUGUGUGUUUGGAUGGACUGCAGGUGGAUCCAGAGAGUUUUGCUUCAGAGGAACAAAAACACAAUGCUGUUGUAAACGAAGAAUCCAAACAGAAUGGAGACGUAGCAGGAAGUCGAGACUCCUCCCCAUCCAGUGACAUCACUGAUGAUGCGUCACUGCCCAAUGGUCAUGCAGUUGGAAGUACAGGGUCUGCCUCUCCAUCUGCAGUGGCUCUGAGACCCCCAUGCCCACCGCGACCCCCACCUCCAUCACCACAUAUACCUACGUCCUCCACAGCGUCCUCUGCUGGAUCCACUCCCACUCAUGGCAGCAGGGCUCCGAGCCCAGAGACGUCCCCACGGGUGUGUGUGAACGGACAAACUGAGAGUCAGGGGUCAAGCUCGGGGUCAGGAACAGGGUCAGGGUCCAAUCAGGAACCCCGGGCCAGCCCAACACCUCCAACAGCUGCUCUGAUCAGUAACGGCCCUCUUCCACCAGGUUGGGAGCAGAGAGCAGAUCAGAACGGCCGUGUUUACUAUGUGGAUCACAUUGAGAAGAGAACCACUUGGGACAGGCCAGAACCGCUACCACCAGGUUGGGAGCGUCGUGUGGAUCCGAUGGGUCGUGUGUACUAUGUGGAUCAUAUAAGCAGAACCACCACGUGGCAAAGACCCACGAUAGAGUCGGUGAGAAACUACGAGGAGUGGCAAAACCAGCGCAGUCAACUGCAGGGAGCCAUGCAGCGCUUCAACCAGAGAUUUAUAUAUGGGCUGCAGGAACAGCUCGCGCCCACAGCUAAUAAAGAGUUUGACCCUCUGGGUCCUCUGCCACAGGGCUGGGAGAAGAGGACAGACAGUAACGGCAGAAUGUAUUUUGUUCAUCAUACAACGAGAUCCACACAAUGGGAAGACCCUCGCACACAAGGGUUGUUGAAUGAAAAGCCUUUGCCGGAGGGAUGGGAGAUGAGGUUUACUGUCGACGGGAUUCCAUAUUUCGUCGACCACAACAGGAAAACAACAACAUAUAUUGAUCCCCGUACAGGCAAAUCCUCGCUUGAGAACGGCCCUCAGAUCACAUAUGUGCGAGACUUCAAAGCCAAAGUUCACUACUUCCGCUUCUGGUGUCAGCAACUAGCAGUGCCUCAGCACAUUAAAAUCCACGUCAGUCGCAAAACACUGUUCGAAGACUCAUUUCAGCAGAUCAUGAGUUGCCAUCCACAAGACCUGAGACGGAGACUGUGGGUGAUAUUCCCAGGAGAGGAGGGGCUUGACUAUGGUGGUGUAGCCAGGGAAUGGUUCUUCCUGCUGUCUCAUGAGGUGUUGAACCCCAUGUACUGUCUGUUCGAGUACGCUGGCAAAGACAACUACUGCCUGCAGAUUAACCCCGCCUCCUUCAUCAACCCUGACCACCUCAAAUACUUCAAGUUCAUUGGCCGAUUCAUCGCUAUGGCUUUGUUUCAUGGGAAGUUCAUCGACACGGGCUUCUCUCUGCCCUUUUAUAAACGGAUCCUGAACAAACCUCUGGCUCUCAAAGACCUGGAGUCCAUCGACCCCGAGUUCUACAACUCUCUCAUCUGGAUCAAGGAUAAUGACUUAGAGGAAUGUGGAUUGGAGAUGUUUUUCUCUGUGGAUAAGGAGAUUCUGGGUGAGGUCACCACUCACGAACUCAAGCCUGAUGGAGGAAACAUUCAAGUAACUGAAGAAAAUAAAGAGGAGUAUAUCAGGUUGGUUGCUGAGUGGAGGUUAUCUAGAGGGGUCGAGGAACAGACUCAAGCGUUCCUCGAGGGCUUUAAUGAAGUCUUACCGCAGCAGUACCUGCAGUACUUUGAUGCUAAAGAACUAGAGGUGAUGUUGUGUGGGAUGCAGGAGAUUGAUCUCGGGGACUGGCAGAGAAAUGCCAUCUACAGACAUUAUGCCCGCAGCAGUAAACAGAUUGUCUGGUUCUGGCAGUUUGUAAAGGAGAUUGACAAUGAAAAGCGCAUGCGUUUGCUGCAGUUUGUGACCGGCACAUGCAGACUUCCUGUCGGGGGUUUCGCUGACCUCAUGGGGAGCAAUGGGCCACAGAAGUUUUGUAUUGAGAAAGUGGGCAAAGAAAACUGGCUGCCGAGAAGCCACACAUGCUUUAAUCGUCUGGAUUUGCCGCCCUAUAAAAGCUACGAGCAGUUAAAGGAGAAACUGCUGUUUGCCAUCGAGGAAACGGAAGGCUUCGGUCAAGAGUGAUGCAUGCACACAAUAGUUUCCUGUAUUUCACAGUCAUACCAAAAGCUGCUGCAACUUCAAACAGGAAAGAGGGAUGAACAGUGCUUUGUGAGAAGGAAAGAGCGAUGAUGAUGUCAUUAUCUGUCGGCUACUGCUUCCAUCUUCCAUUUAUCUUGCAAUCCACUUCCUUUCUCAUGUUAAUGCUGCCUUAGUCCAUAAUUAAUGCAGAGGAAGGCCGCUCACCUCGACUCUAUGCAGACUGUGAUCCUCAUGUAAUGUAAUGAUGACUGCGGCCCAUCUCUACUGCAAUAAUGUACAUGCAACAUUUAACUCUGAGUUUGCAUGCUGUCCUCUGGCAUGUGGAAAUGUAAAGAUGUGGCCUCCAUUUCCUGAGAAACCUGGAAUUAAGUCACAAUUUCAUUAGGAUUUUAUUUCCUAUUGGAGAUCUGUGCUGUACUGGAAAUUAGCCAUUAUAAGAAAUGACUUUAGUUUUAUUAGUGAAACAUCAGCUAUUAGGAUGAAUCUCCAGAAACCUUUUAGGAACAUAUAUGGUUCAUAUUUCACCCCAGAAUCAAAAGAAAUAAUUACAAUUUUACUAUAAACGAUUUUAAGGACCAAUAUGAUUUUUUGCAUUGACGCAUACUGUAUUUUCAUGAAUGUCCCUGCUUCAGUACAAGUUGAACUGUUACUCAAUCAACAGCAUUUGCAGCAUAAUGUUAAUUUACCACAAAAAUGAAUUUCGACUGCCUACUUUCGUCCCCGUUUAUUAAAAAUCUGAGGCACUUACAAUGGAAGUGAAUGGGGCCAAUCUGUAAACAUUAUAAAAGGAUAGCCACAAGACGUAAACAUUAUACAUAUUAACAUGACUAACUUUAUCUGUAUAAAGUUACAUCCAGUACCAGGAUUGCAGGGUUUUGUUGUCAUUACAACGAAGUAAAUAACUUUAAACAGACAAGGUUAGUAAAUCAUUUUAUCACACUGAAAUCGUGUUCACACGUAUAAUGUUGACUGUACUUUUGGAAAAAGCGUGUAUUUUAGCAAUGAAAUUAUAUUAAAGUGUAAAAAUAAUUAUUAUAAAUUGUAAAGUGUUUAUGCAUCAUGGUAGAAUUUGUUGUACUGACUUUAAUGUGUGCUGAUUUAAAGUUUCAAAAAAAUACUUUGAUAAUAAUUGUUAGGAAAAUAAUGUUAACAUCUUAAUAGGCAUCAAAUGUUAAUUUUCUCUAAGAAAAUAAAUAAAUACAAUUUAUUUUAUUUAUUUAAAAUUUAAAAUGAUUUAUUUCUUCUGAUUUUGGGGUGAAAUAUGAAAUGUUCCUGACAGGUAUCGUGACAUGCAUCCAUUAAAUAUCUCUUCUGGAAUAGGAUUCAUGCCCACAGUGUGAGUAUAUAUAUAUAUAUAUAGGUUUAGGGGUCUCAGAGAACAGUACCUUUAAUGUCCCAUUUUGUCAUUGUUCUGCACUGACAUCAAAUAUUAAUCUUCCCCCCAAUCUGCAUUCAUAAACCACAUGCUUACUAGAGAGAUUGUGUUUAGUGUGAUCAAAUUUGCAGCCAGAAUUCUCGAUCCUUGCAGGCAGAUUUUGUACUUAAAGAAACGUAGUUCAAUAAAAUCACAAAUCAGCAGCAGGCAUGCAUAUAAGAGAUGCGCUUUAUUUAGACAAAGAAGAAAAAAAAAAAAGAAUGACGUGUAUGUGUUGUAGUGUUUUUAAAUUAUUUGUUAACAACUUCACUUUUUCCCCCCAAGGAUUCAGCCCUAAAUUAUACAAACUAAGUCGAUUUAGACGUAUGAUUUUAACCCACACAAAGAGUUGAGCACUGACUGAAUUCUGAAAACUAAAUGUGAUUAAUUUACACAGGAUUUCUAAUAUUUGGCUGUUGUAAUAACUCCUCAGAGUCUGGGAUUUGAUUUGUCCUCCAAAUGAGUACAUAUCAAAAUGAAUUGAAGUGACCGGUGACUUAAAGUCUGUUAUUACAAUGGUUGUGUGUCAAAGCAUUGCUACAGGGCACUUUAUUGCAGGGCUGAUGAAAUGUAAAAUAAACCAACAGAUUGAUAAAGGUCCAUGUUGACUGUGGACUGUGUCCAGCCCCGCAUCUAAAGUUACGUGUUGUUAUGUCUUAAAACAUUUCAUAGCUAUGAAUAUGUAAAGGCCAGAAGAGUGGUUUACCUCUUAAUUUUCUUAACACUGUAAAUCAUGUAACAAUUAGCCUGUGAUCUAUAACAUAUUAACAUUGAAUAGGCUGGUUUUAAUCAUUUGGAUUAUAUUUAUUUUUUCUUAAGUGAACGUGUACAGUUGGAUGAUUAAUAUAAAGAUUCCAAUUUAUUCUCAGCUGAGGAAAUAAAAAAAUAAGAAUGGUAUUGCGUGUUUUGUUCUUGUUUAUUCUUAUGUUUUUUUCUCCCUCAAUUUAAUAAUGAUAAAUGCUGUAGAAAUUCUUAUUUGAU